AUGCCAGGAAGACCGAUGUCGUCCCUGAUCAAAAUAUCCUUCCAGGAGGAUGGCCGCAAACAGGAACGCAUCUUUGAGUUUGCCCCUCACGUUACAUGUCGACUCGCCGUCGAGCAGGUUUCUGCCGCGUUCGCAGUCCCGGAGGACUGGACAAUGGCCUUGUACAGCAAGAAGCACGCGGGGUGGAUCCACGACAGCAUCCUCCUCAUGAACAUCGUCUUCAAGGGCCAUACUUCCCUCCGGGACUCGACCAUUCUGCGUGGACCCACCUCGCCCAUUGAUCCGCACCGCCUCUUUAACUUUUUCCGCACAUCCGAUGACCAGUUCGUCUCCCGGUUCCAGAAGGGCUGCAUCUACCUCUCAAUCGUAAUCCUCAACAGCGACAACAAGAUCCUCCUCGGCCCCAGUGGCGUGCCCCCCACGGUCAUGGUUUCCACUGUCGGCGGCUUGGCCAACUACUAUAGCUUUGACACCGACUCUGCCGAUUUCGCAUGGAUGGUCAAGACUACCCUCGACUGGGCCUCGGAUACUCCAUCGAUCUCCUACCAUGACCCAUGUGCUACCCCUGAGCCCCGUACCGCGACACAAUUUGUCGGCUCUGCUGCCAGCUCCAUCAUCUCUCCACCUCUUUCGAGGAUAUCCUUCUCUGGCACCAAUCGGGGCAGCAGCAAGAACCUCAAGAACAUUUCCGGCGUUGGGUCUAGAUCGAAUGUGAGCUCGAUAUCUGUCGACCGGUCCUCUGUCAUCUCGGACGUUAGUAACCAACAACCUGUUUAUGAUUACAUCGACCGCCGGAAGGACUGCGGGAGAGAGAACAGGCUGCGCCAGGACUAUGUCGAAGCUGUCGAUCAGUUGCAACGGAAGUUGGGGAUCCCACCCAUUGACAUGCUGUUCGACAAGGUCAUCGAAUUGACUCAAGUUGGAGCCAAGAGUGUCAUGGCUAUCCAGUAUAUCAAGGACGAGAACAAGAGCCAUAUCUCUCCUGAGCUUAUGCAUGCUGGUUCGUUCCGGUGGCGUAGCAUCGACUCUAUCUCGGGAUCUGUCUAUACUAGGAACGAGGAAAUUUGGUCCCAACUCACCAGCUAUCAUGACAACAUCCGAGUGACGAGGCCGACGUCGGGAUUGUACAUUGGUCUGUACUACACGGAGAGCACAAUGUCAGGCUUGCAGAUCCUCGUCCCAAAGCAGCGCAGGACAUUCAUCCCGAUCGUCAAGCUCAGAGACAAUACUACCAUCGCACCAGAAGAAUGGGACUGGCUUAAAUCCACGACAUCCAUGGACCUCAACCAGCUCGCCAAGGCCUGCGCUGUCUCCAAGGACGACCCCAUGCACCACCUCAAGGUCGAGUUUGCACACUCAACAGCCAAGUUGUCGCGCCUGACACAGCUCAAGUGGAACCCGUCGGACAUGUAUACCCAGGAUACCAUGCGGGUUGUCUACCAGAACAUUGGCAAUGUUGGCAACAACAACUCUUUGCCACCAACCCCUGAGGAGAUGCUGACGUCAGAAGAUCCUCGCCCCUCUAUUAUUGAGCCUCCUUCGACACCCUCUGCGGUGAGGAAGAGUGUUGCAGCUAUGGAUGUGGAUCCAAUUUGGAACUGUUCGCCUUUGGAGAAGGAGGAUACGAAUACUAUCCGGGUGAUCAUGUUUAUCAAGCCUACACGACAUGCGACUCAGCCUCAGGAGCACUUCAACAAGGAUCUGUUUGAGAUGAGCUCGUUCCCGAUCUUUGAUACUCUUCACCACUCUGUCUACAACACGGCAACGUAUCUCCCCCUACGCAAGUCGAUGUUGAACUUGACUAACGAAAUUGUCGAGUUGGAACAGGAGAUUGAGCAAGAACUUGAGAUGGAGUUGGAGAUGGAGAUGGGAUCUGGAGGACGGACCAGAAGACGACGAGCGAGCAGUGCUGCCAAGCUGGAUGAGAGUGAUCUGCUUGGGUCAUUGCUGAUUGACGAGCUGGGCAUCAAGGGCGAGUCGCCUCACCCGCUUCAUGCACACCAGCAUCCUCGGCAUCGUUCAAGCUUUAUUGGGGAUAACACCAUCAACCGCAGGACUACAGCCAGCAGACGAUCUUCAACCCACUCGAUCCGUGAAGUCGUUGAGCGGUCGGUUCCCUCGGCCUCUUCCGUGAUCUCGCUGGCUUCCACUCUGUCAUCUUCAAGCACAGAGUCACCCUCUUUGGUGCCCGUGUCGGGCAAUGUGUCGUCGUUCUUGUUGGAAGGAGCAGACAAGAUUGUGUCUGACAUCUCACUGUCGCGCUCCGAGAUAUCCAAGAGACGUGGCAGCAGAACCGAUUCUGACGAAGGUCAUGCUAUGACGGGCAGCCUGGACAGGAAGAGUCAGGAAGGACCCAUGUCGUUUAUGGACAUGCUCCAGGAUUUCGAUCCGGUCCCGAGUCGAGAGGCCCUUGGUGGCGGUGAACAUUCGAACGGCACCAGCACCACCAAUCUUCAGAGUCUGAAUGGAGACAACAUCGGCAACAGCCACAAUUUUUAUUUUCCUCAUGGACAAGGUCCCCUUGACGAAAACGUGGUCGUCAGCAGUGGACGACCUACGAGCUUUGGUCGCCAUUCCCGAGGGGACAGUCGUCAGUUGAACCUGCUCCCGUAUUCGCCCAAGCACCGUCGUACCCAGAGUCAUGUCCAAUCGAUCGACCUGCCUCCAUUGUCGAACUACAGCAGUCCUCGCAACCCUCGAUCCAGGACCACAAGUCAUUCGUCGGUGUACAAGAACCGGUACCUGUCACACAUGAGCUUUCCACAUUACUCCCCGCACUACCAACAACACACUACCACUACGAUCACCAGCAACACAUUGGGAAUCUACCACCACCAACAACACGGCGGCGAACGAGGCGUCCUCUCACCGAUCGCAACAACCGCCAGCGUCCGCGCCGCUGAACUCGAGAACCUCGAACGCCAACAGGACGAGUUGCAAGAACAAUGGCGGAUGGCCUCCUGGACCCGGCAGAUGAACGAAUGGGAUCAUGCGAGGACGUUGAAGGGUCAACAGGAGUUGUUGGGUAUCAGUAUCGGGCUUGGUCUGGAUCAUAGUAGUCCUUCUCCAGUGCAGUCGACGGCUUUUACGUCCUUUGGGGCUUUGAGUGCUUCUCCUUUGCCUAUGCCGUUGCCUAUGCCUUCUCCUCUUUCGUCGCCCUAG